AUGGCGACGUCACGGAAAGCGCCAGUGACCCGGCGACCGAUACUACGGUUCGAUUUGGAUAGCGUUAGCAUUGACGGUAGACCGAAUGCCUACAAGAAACCACAGCUAGUCAUCAAACCACAGCUGGAGUUGGCCCCUCGAAAACCAUACACUGGGUCCCGUCCACGGGCGCCAAUUUGGCGGCAUUUUUUGAUGGUGCAUGUGAGGGACAAAGCAGAUGAAUUGGUGAAACUAGACCUAGACACUUUCAAGCCACUCCCAUCAAACAAUACUAGCAGCAGCUCUCACUCCGUUAUAUGCUUGUCGUCAAGGUGCAUACUUUUGUUUCAAUAUCCUGGUGGGCGGCGAGACGUAAGUGACUUGUCUAGCCUCACUCUGACAUUGCAGAACGCUGGCGAUGUGGAGACCGUUGUACGGGAACUCAACACUCUGGGAGUCCAGGUGGAGCAGGAGCAGCCCCCUGAUAGUCAGAGCAUUCUUUCCCACGCGAGAUUCUCUGCCCCGGAGAGCCAACCGCCUACGCCCGAUUAUGGAUCGUACACCCCCUCGUUGGCUCUAAAUACUAACUCGCAAGGCCGGUCAUCGAUAUAUCAGGAGAACCGCACUUAUGGGUCACUUCUACAACGCCCACCAAGCCAACCGAACGGGCCAUCAGCACAUUUGCCAGCGGGACCAAGGCCCUGGUCCCCAGCUUUCGUACCAUCUCGUCCGGCUACGGCGCUCGGUGUGCCCGGGGUUCUAGGCGAGGGUAUCUACAAAGUCAGCAAAGUUGGUUCCCGCACAUCAAGCCGACUGGGGAUGCGGCGAAACACACAAUCAGUUGAACAGCAUGAACCCAAAUCAUACACGGUCUCGAGGCACUUCGAUAAAACACUAAACAGAGCUGAUACUGCACUUACGGCAAGGGGACGGCAUUUAAGGAGGGGUUUAUCUUUCACCUCCGAUGUUGAGCCGACGUUGUCUUCCGCUGCGCCAUCAGGUUUAAGAGUCCCUGAAAACGAGGGGUGGUCCAUGCCCAGACAGAUAGAACAGCCCAGGCAGCCUAUGAAUAGCAUAUCUAGUACCUUGGGGGGGAUGUCAUUCGAUACUGGACGGCAAUCAGGACUUCGACGACUCCGAACCAUUGACGGUGGUCUAGGCUCCGGUCUACCUCCAGACUUCAGCAGCCAAGAGCAGCACUCUUUAUUAUCGAGGGUUCCCGAAAGGGGGACGCAUGGGUUUUCUCAACCCCUACCGGAAUCAGACACAUUUCUCUUCAGCUCGAGUCCCACAUUGCUAGGUCGCCCAGGGAGAGGCGAGUUGGGACUUGAAGAACUGUUGUUAGUGUCACAAAUCCAACACCAAGGGUUAUGUGAAGCGAGUAAAAUAUGGGCUGACUUUAUGGAUAUGGUGGGUGAGGAGCUGGCGCCAGUUGAAACAAUGGAGGACUUCUUGGGGGUACUUUCAAAAUUCGAAGAUGAAUUUGGACGACAUUGGGAUGAUAUUGUGGUCGCUACCACGCAGAGAAUGGGGGAGAUUUACGGUGGAAGUCGCUAA